CCCGCCGCGGCGCUCGCCUGGGUCCGGGAGAGCCGAGGGAGGCGGGCGCUCGCGGCGCGCUUCCGCGCUGGGGACUCCCCACCUCCGCCCGAGGACCACCUGCGGCUCGACCCCGUAAGCCCUCGGGAGCGGCGUCUGCAGGCCACCAUCUGGCCGCUCCUCCCACUUUCGCUCCGGGCGGGCUUCGGCCGGUUCCCGCCCGAGGUGGUCGUCGCCAGUCGCCACAGCCAAAGGGGCCGCCAGCAGCGCGUAUCCUGGCCGCGAGCGCCGAAAGGGCGACGGUGGAGCCUGACUCCAGAGGCUGGGACCGAGGCUAGCGCCCCGGAGCGGAGCGGCAACGCGAAACUGCCAAGAUGUGAAAGUAAAGAAAGGACCUAUCAAACAACAAAGAUGCUUUUGAGCCAGCAUGCCUCUGCAAUGAGACCACUUAAUGUGUAUCUCGUGGUGUACAUCAGCCUCGUGUUUGGUACUUUACAGGCUUUGUCUGAGGACUUCUGCAUUUUCAGGAUGACAUUAAGAAAUUUCCGGGUAAUUUUAUCAUGGGAAUUAAGAAAUCAUUCCAUUGUACCAACUCACUAUACACUGUGGUACACAAUCAUGAGUAAACCAGAGGAUAUGAAGGUUGUGAAGGAUUGUACAGAGGUCACAGGAUCAUUUUGUGACCUAACCAAUGUGUGGGAAAGCAUGCCUGAGACGUACGUCCCCAGAGUUGUCGCAUUCCGAGGGAACACAACCCUGGUCAGUUGUACGAGCAGGGAGAGCAUCUUCCCAGGAAUAAACAUGUCGUUGGAACCACCAAACUUUGAGAUUGUUGGUUUUACUGACCACAUUAAAGUGAUAGUGAAAUUUCCACCUGUCAUACCCAAGAUACUUCGUGGGGAAGGAUUACAUGUUUACUUAUCACUUGUCAUCGAAGAAGUGUCAGGAGGGAUUAUUAAGAAGCAUAAACCGAAAAUAAAUGCAAAAACCAUCACUGGAAAUUUCACUUAUGUCAUCGACAACUUAAUUCCAAACACAAACCACUGUGUAUCUGUUUAUUUUGAGCACAGCGAUGUGGGAAAAAUAAUUGAAUCUCCCACAAAAUGUACUCUGCUUAAACCUGGACAGGAAUCAGAGUCAUCAGAAUCUGCCAAAAUAGGAGGAUUGAUUACUAUGUUUUUGAUACUAGUUGUCUUCAUAAGCACCAUAGUAAUACUGCAACACACUGGUUAUAUAUGCUUAAAAAAUAAGUUCCCCAAAGUGCUGAAUUUUUAUAACUUUUCAGCCUGGGUAUUUGCUGAGCUGCCGCCAUUGGAAGCCGUGGCUCUGUUGGAGGUCAUUCACGUCAAAAGAAAGAAGAAAGUAUGGGAUUAUAAUUAUGAUGAUGAAAGUGACAGCGAUAAUGAAGCAACCCCCCGAACAAACGCGGGGGGCUACACCAUGCAUGGACUAACUGGCAGGCCUCUGUGUCCGGCCUCUGGCUCCUCCUCCACCGUGGAGGACUGCUGUGACCCAGAUGCUGAGGAAACUGACCUGCCCGAGCCUGAGGCUGAAUGUGAGUCUCUGAUGGCACCAGGGCCCGGCCCCUGGCCGCCGGAAUGCACUAGUGAGGCGGACGAGGGGAGAGGGACUCGGCUGGAGGACCGCUUUUCUGAGGAGGAUGGCAGCUCCACGGAGGGGUCUGGGGACAGAAUUAUCUUCAAUGUGGAUUUAAACUCUGUGUUUGUGAGGGUCCUCGACGACAACUCAGAAGUCCCUCCAGAGUUAUCUCUUCCAGAAGAUAGCACCGAACUAGAGGAUCCCAACGAAACGGAAACAAACCUUCUGGUAGCCAGUGGAGGAGGGACACAGCCGUCCUUUCCCGUGGAGUGUCUAUGGUCUGAAGAUUCUCCUUCUGAAACAAGUGACACUUCCGAGUCAGAUGUUGACACCAGGGAUGGUUAUAUAACGAGAUGAUGAAUCCCAAAAGACUGAAUUAACUUGGGCUGACGAUACCUCCAGGGUUCUCUCUCCUGCACCGUCACUUGCUCCUGUGGUCUGCAAGUGUUCUCUGGGGGAAGGAGUUGGAGACUGCAGAGUGGUGCCCUCCCCCCUCUUCCUGGUGACGUCCUCUAUGCAAAUUCCCAGUAUAGGGAAGAGGGGAGGUGGGACAACUGGUAUCACAGUAUCAUUCCGUGCAGUGUUUACAUGUUCAAAGUGACAGCUUUGAAGGGAAUGCCCCUACACCCAUGCGUUUAUAAUGUUUCUGCUUCAUGGUUUCCAGAGUAAGGAGCAAGGUUCCCUGUGGUUUCCAGGGGUGGUCCGGGGCCCUGGGAAGUAAUGUGGGCCAGUGUGGGAGUGGGAAGAGAAAAGGAAGACACUCAGCAGGGUUCAUAGCAGGAGCAGUCGGCAGUGUUUUCCACAGGCUCAAGGCAAGAGCAGGAAAACAGGCAGAAAAAGUGGCGGGAGGAGCGUGGACCACGGGAGGAGGUGGAGGGGGACUCACAACAAAUAGAAGCACGUGUUCCUUUUGGAAGUAGGAGCGGUCCAGCCAAGUCGUGGGCAGCUCCCGGGUGUCAUCCUGUGGCCUACACUCUGAGAAGUUGACUCGGCUCCUCGUCCAGCCUCUCUACCAUAUUUUAAGUGAGGAAGACAGACUCACACACGUUAUUUCUAGUGGCAGGCGGGUACCUAAUAGAGGAAACAAACAUUUGCAUGAGGGAGGGGGAGAGAAGCUCAGUGCCAUAUUUUAAGAUGUUUAAAAAAGCGAGUGAGACAACAAAUGCAAAAGUAUUUCAAGGUCUUCAGAAGAAAUAACCUCCUAGGGGUCAUCGGUAACAAGUCAGGAAGUGCUGUGUGUGCUGAUUCCAAAUGUCCUACACGUGACUCCAGUUCCUGUGAAUGGGUGGGGGCAGGAGGGAGAAUUCUAGAAUAUCAAUAGCAAAAAACAAAAGGACUGGGACUCAGCAGAAUGACUGCCCCCAUUUCACUGUGUGACCCUGAGCACUUUGGUUAGCCUCUCUCAGUCUCAGUUUCUUCACUUGUGAUGUGAGAUUGGACUCGGUAAUCUCCAGGCUCAUGUGAUAGUAGGAGAAAUAUUAGAAAAUACAGGAACAAAGACGCUGGUGGAGGAGCUGCCACCCUGAGGGGCUCCCGGGGUGAAUGAAAGGUAUUCCUCCCCCCUCACCCCAAGGGCAGGGUUCUCAGACCUUCCUUCUGGAUCCAUUCAAAAGGGGAAAAACAAAAAUCAUGAGUCCUAGCUCAAGGACUUUGAACAGAUUAUUUUUAUAAUUGCCCUAAAGUAACUCAAAGGAGAGGGCUGUGAGAGGGGAAGUGUUAUUUAAUGAAAUUCCUUAGGCAAGGGGCUUGAUCAUAUACGUAGUCCACUUCUCUGCCUCUGAAUGCAUCUACCAUAUUUUGAAAGAUUUCCAAGUGAUCUUUUGGGAUAACCUUUUAUGGCAGCGUGGGUGUGUGUGUAUUUUUAAAUUUUGUAUACGGGUUGGAGAUUGAAAAAGGGUAAUAAAGACAUACUUUUUAAUA